UUUCUGUGUUUACAAUUGGAAGGAAAGAAAGAACGUUCUAUCUGAACUCUACUUAGACUUCAUUAGUAUAUACAGAAGUAGAGUGGCAAAAGUCACAGGACACAAGAGAAAAUGACUUACGUGACGUUGAAAGGCUCCAAUAUGAAAUAUACAACUAUAUUGCUUCUGAUAUUAAUAUCGAAAUGUCACUGCGAUCAGAUAAGUGACACGGAAUCAUAUUUAAGUAGGUUCAUUGCGGAUAUGUGGCUCGAGGGAUCGGAUAUUGUUAGAAUUAUUUGGAGAGAUUGUUCGAGGAAGUUGGUGGAUGUUAAAGAUACGAUCGACCACAAAGAAAACUUUCCCAAAUUUGUAAGAUGUAUGAAAAGAAAGACCUUGAGAGCUCUGGACAGAUCCCUGAACCCGGACGUUGUGCCCAUUGCAGAUGGUAUCAACUUCGUGAGGUUUGAAAUAGUCGAUCCUGCUGGGAAUCUUGUGCCGGAAAAUAAUACCAGCUUUUGGACUGAAAAAGAAUUAGAAGAAGGCGAAUGGAGACACUUGGCUUUGCAACGUAUGGCAAAAAUUUUCCGUACACACGUCAUAAAAUUUGACCUAGAUGAUAAUUUUAUAAACAAAGCGGAAUUCCGAGGCAGGAGGCGUCAUCAUUUGAUGACGAUGAUGAUUUUUGGAGUAGUAUCCAUCGGUAUGGUGAUUAUACCCAUGGGUUUUCAAUUUUUAGCUGUUCUUGGAGGAAAAGCCUUAUUACUGGCGAAAAUGGCUCUCAUUCUAGCUUCAAUACAAGGAUUAAAAAAGGUAGACACUUUUGAUGGGUUUCACGAAAGAGGGAAGAUUGCUGCAAGUCCGUUAAGUUACGGCUUCUACCACUCCUAUCCCUUCGAUCAUUACGACAAGAGAGGACUGAGUGAGCCGUCAUCUGUCCAGAAACCACCAUUCCCAUCAUUCAAUUUAGAAGAUCAUAUAAAAAUUGAUAGGGUGCUAAGAGAUCCAGACAUGAAACUAAUUGAAAAUGAAAAAGAAACUGGUAAAUUUGAUGUAUCCGAACAAGUUAAGCAUAAAGAAAAGCAAUUACCUGUUCAAGAAGAUAUUACAAUGCCUCCAUCUGUCACACCUUUGGUUAAUGACCCAUCUCACCAUUUAACUGGGCUUGGCGAGGUGCAGGCAGAUUAUGCUUUGGAUUUACCCUACAACGGAAUACAUUUUCAAAGUUCCGAUCCUGUCAUUUCACCUAGACAUAUUUAGAAAACUAUUUCUGUCAUUAUUUAUAACUGUAACUGGUAUAUUUACAUAUUUUGCACAGAUUUUAUUCCCAGCUAAACCCGUAUAUUAUUAUAUUUAUUAA